AUUAAUUUCUCUGGUAUUCAAUUUUCUUUCAAUAUAAUUUAUUAUUAACGGUCCAUAUUCAUUAGGCCCCUAAUAUAUGAAUCCUUAAAAAGGGGUCAUAAUUUUAAUAACAGAUAAGGUUCAUUGAAUUCUAUUUAUAACAUCUACGUACAUUUUUCUUUUAAUAUGAUUGACCACCAACUAAAUAUAAUCACUUUGCCGCGUCCUUUUUUUUCGUAAGUAAUAUAAAAAGCUUCAAGGAGAUUACACGCCCAUAAAGUUAUUUCAACUGAAAUAAUGAGUAACCAAUUCAUCAAAAACAAACGGGAAAUCAAUAAUAGCUUCCGGACGGAGUACCUGAUGAACAAUAUACUUGAUCAAGAUUUCCAAGCUAUGUUGUUUCCUCUGAACUUUGCACAGUCUUGCCUUUUAAUGCCUAGCUUUAGCAUUAUUAACAAUUUCAUCACUCCUGACCACCAUAUGUCUUUUUACAUAAAGUCGAUAAUCGGUUGUACUUUUGUAACGUUGAGCCACGUUUUCCGUUUUUUAUACUAUUACGAAACUACUAAGACUUUUAGCACUGAACUUGUUACUUUUUUGCUUUAUUUCGAUUUCAUUUUUUUUUCUUUAAUGUCAUUCAUUACGUAUAUCGUCAAUUUAUUUCAGAGAAGCUAUGUCGUUGAUCUGAUUAUCAAAUCGCAACAUGUGCUUGACCGCAUUAAAACUGACAAAAGAGAUUUUUUUUAUAUACUCAAGAUUCAAAAUUGGCUGAGUGUAUUGUUUGUCGUUAGCUUUUACAUUUUUCAUUGGUUUUCGGCUUGCUUUGAUUUUAGUAUUCUUAGUCUUCUGGCUGGUUUCUAUUUGACAGUACCAUUGAUGAUUUUUGAUAUACAAGUAGUUCAUGUUACUAGAUAUGUUGUAAUGAUCAAAAAUGAGUUAAUCGAUUGGAUUCAUAAAAUGGAAGAAUAUAAGACAAUACUCGAUAAACCUGAAGAAGAAGUAAAUUAUGCUGUAUCGGAAAGUGAUAUGUUCAAUGCGUAUACUGAUAUACUUAAAGCAUUCAGUUUAAGUAACAAAGUGUAUCAAUUUUUGGUAAGUUUAAGUCUUUUUAUGGUUCCGUACCUCAAAUGGAGGUUGAAAAAGCGAGCCUUGGAGAAACCUUUAAAAAUAUUACAGUGUUUCGUUUGCGUGAAUUUUCCAGACAUGCGCAAGACUUGCAAGAACGUGUUGCGGCUAAACCGCGCGACGCUGUGCAAGAUGUCGGCGUUCGGCGUGUUUGAAUUCGACGCAGCGUUCCCGCUGCGGUUGCUCGGCGUGCUGGUGACCUAUACCGUCGUGCUGCUGCAGUUCGCCUUCUUGUCGUCCUAAAUGCGCAACUAUCUCACGUUGACAACCUUGAAUUUUAAAGCUAGCUAGUUUUUAAUUUGUAUGUGAUUUUUCAUCUUGGCUUGACAUCACCUAUUAUAACCAUUUUCAUCCACGACGGAACGGUCACGGUAUACUUAUAUACUUAUGCUUCCUAGGUGAGAUGAUGUUUGUGUUUAGAAAACGGAUUUUUCGAAAAAAUAUCUGUUAUUGUUAUACACAAGUAAUUUGACGUGUGUUGUUGUUGACAGACUUAAAAAAAUAGGAAGAGAUUUGAUUUUUUAAUAGCAUUGGUUCACACACUUCAACUUCAACUUAUUCAACUUGAACACACUGCUGGCGGCACGUCCCGGCAUUUCGAUGUUUUUAAGCUGAACUAUCAGAGAGUAGUUUGAUGGACAAUAACUUAAGCAAAUGUGUUCUAAUUUAAAUGAUAUUAAGUAAACGUGUAGUUGAGAGCAUCACAUUUUGGUCAUAAAAUUUUGAGUAGGCUCGAUCACGGGGUUAUGGAGCUAGAAGAGCCUAGAAGGCCCAAAAGCUAUUUGUGAGGGGUCUUGCUAUUCUGGUCAUUCUUUUGCAAGAAAGUAUGAGUGGCCAUAGUAUAGAUUCAUUGGUAGCGGUUCCUACCCAGUUCUCAGUUCGAGGCGAACUACUAGUUAUGCUUUGUGUAUUGUUACCAUCAGGUACGCAUCCUUUGUAGUUUAAUAGAAAACCGGGAAAGAGGCCAAAUUAACUUUACUAGUAGUUCGUCAAGGAAUAAUACUGGUGCAGGUGAACCUAAAAUAAACCCCAAUAGGGGCAUUCCAGAAAAAGUGUCGGGUAUGAGACGCUAUUUAUUUAUACUUCUGAUAAAACUAAGAACCUUAAAUUAGGCAUGAUAACGUUUGAUAACUUAGUAUUAAAUUUAACGUUAUGUUAUCAUAUAAUUAUCAUAACUUAGCUUAUAGGCGUUCCAAAAUUGAAGCGCUUACCUUGUGACAAAUUGUACAAGUUGCCUUUAGUUGCACCUGCGCAAGCGAGAAGUGAACG